AUGAAAACAUCUACCAGUGCAAAGUCUCUUCUUGGGUACCUGAAUAUCAUUCAUGCCUUCAUCCCGGGUUUUACCAAGAUGGCUAGACUUUUACAUCGACUUUUGAAUGGUAAAGGAAAAAGCCUUACUUACCUCGUGUACCUCAUUGGCAGCCUCGCCGUGAUGAGGCCGUAUGCCGCUAACAUGACUUCUUGGCUACAAAACUACUUUACCUCAACGGUCCAUAUUCAUUCCUCGAGUGAAACUCAUGAUAUGUUAACAUCUUGGAUCGCAUCUAGAGGGCUCGAAGACACUGCUAGAUCCUUCAUUGCGAAGAUCAACCAGGAGAGUGCUGGAUACUUUAAAUACGAGAAUAUCUCGGUCACUUGCUUGGGAAGAUCCUCACAUAUCUUGAAAGCCCUUUUGAAAGAGUGUCAGGAUGAAUACCUGAACCAUAUUGAAAACAAGAUUACCAUAUUUGGCCACUGCAGCUCCCAGUGGAGGAAAGUGAAGGCAAAGGAUAUUAGGCCGUUGUCAACUGUCAUUCUGAAGGACAGUGAAAAGAGCCCUCUUAUCAAAGACAUGAAAGACUUUCUCGAGCCACAGACGAGAAAUUGGUAUUCUCAGCGCCGUCUUCCCUAUCGACGUGGAUAUCUCUUGCACGGGCCGCCUGGAACAGGGAAAUCUAGCUUUAGUCUCUCAAUUGCCGGCGAGCUGGGCAUGGACAUAUAUGCCGUUAGCAUCCCCAGUGUAGACGAUCAAUCGCUAAAGACCCUAUUUGAACAGCUCCCAGAUAAUUGUGUGGUAUUACUAGAAGACAUUGAUGCAGUUGGUUCGGUUUAUUCUCGGGAGCUUGGAGGAGAAGGCCCUAACAGCGAUGCCAAAUCGCAUGCAGAAAAGAAUGGAGUAACUCUUUCCGGGCUUUUGAACGUACUAGACGGCGUUGCCUCACAGGAAGAUAGAGUUCUCAUCAUGACCACGAAUCAUAUCGAGAAGCUAGACCCAGCUCUUAUCCGACCUGGCCGGGUUGAUAAGAAGGUCGAAUUUCAGCUUGCUGACAGGGAUGUCGCGACGCAACUCCAUCGUUUUAUCUUUGAUCAGCCGAUAGCGCCGUCUUCUGAGAGCACACCUCAAGCAAAAGUCGACCCUUCAUUUGAAAGGCAGGCCAUUGAGUUCGCUCGUACAGUGCCGGAAGGGGAGUUCAGCCCUGCUCAGAUAAUGUCAUAUCUUCUGCAGCACCGACAUGCGCCAGGUGUUGCGUUAGACAAUGUUCAGAGGUGGAUAGAAGCUAUGCGUGAAGAAACCAAAAAGGCGAAAGCAAGUACAACCACAACUACGUUUUGA